CAAAAGGAUAGAGAAAUUUUCAAGUUUUGCAUGUGAACAAGAUGUCCAUGAAAUGGCUCUCACUUCUGCUGCUGCUGCAGCUGAACUGCUACUUUAGCUCUGGGAGUUGCAGGAAGGUGCUGGUGUGGCCAGUGGAAUACAGUCAUUGGAUUAAUAUGAAGACAAUUCUGGAUGAACUUGUCACGAGGGGUCAUGAGGUGACUGUCCUGAUAUCUUCAGCUUCAAUUUUUAUUGAUCCCAAUACACAAUCCGCUAUUAAAUUUGAGAUUUUUCCAACACUUUUAACUAAAGAUGAUUUUAAGUAUAUUUUCAAGCAUUUGCUUGAUAAAUGGAUUAAUUUUGCAAAAGAGUCAUCUUGGACUUACUUUUCAACAGUGCAAAGUGUAUUUUGGGAAUAUUCUGAUAUUCUUAUCACAGGCUGUAAAGAUCUUGUUUCGAACAAGAAACUUAUGACAAAACUACAUGAAUCAAGGUUUGACAUCGUUCUUGCAGAUGCCAUUGGGCCCUGUGGUGAGCUGCUGGCUGAGAUCCUUCAAAUCCCGUUAGUGUAUAGUCUCCGCUUCUCUCCAGGCUUUUCGCUGGAGAAGUAUGGUGGAAAACUUCCACUCCCACCAUCCUACGUACCGGUUAUCAUGUCAGAAUUAGGUGAUCAAAUGACAUUCAUGGAGAGGGUGAAAAAUAUGAUGUACGUACUUUAUUUUGACUUUUGGUUCCAGACAUUUAAUGAGAAGAAGUGGAAUCAGUUUUACAGUGAAGUACUAGGAAGACCCACUACAUUAUUGGAGACAGUUGGGAAAGCUGACAUGUGGCUCAUUCGAACCUUUUGGGAUUUUGAAUUCCCUCACCCACUGCUACCAAAUUUUGAAUUUGUAGGAGGCCUCCACUGCAGACCUGCUAAACCUUUGCCUAUGGAAAUGGAAGAGUUUGUCCAGAGCUCAGGAGAAGAUGGUAUCGUGGUGUUUACUUUGGGGUCAAUUGUCACUAACAUAACAGAAGAAAGAGCCAAUGUGAUUGCAUCAGCCCUUGCCCAGAUUCCACAAAAGGUUCUUUGGAGAUACGAUGGCAAGAAACCAGAUACCUUAGGACCCAAUACUCGGCUGUACAAGUGGAUCCCCCAGAACGACCUUCUUGGUCAUCCAAAAACCAAAGCUUUUAUAACUCAUGGUGGAACCAACGGCAUUUAUGAGGCCAUCUACCACGGGAUCCCUAUGGUGGGCAUUCCUCUGUUUGCUGAUCAACCUGAUAACAUCGCUCACCUGAUGGCCAAGGGGGCAGCUGUCAGGCUGGACUUCAAUAAAAUGUCAACAACAGAUUUGCUCAAUGCACUGAAGCAAGUCAUUAAUAAUCCUUCGUGAGUAUACAUGUAUAUU